AGGCUGUCAUUCUGCAAACGCUGCCCAGAACAGGCUUUCCUCUGAGAAGCACUGCUGUUCUUCUUUAGAAAGGCUGAAUCUAAAUGUUGCCUCUGGAGACAAGAAGCCUUCAGUAUGUUAAAUUACUUUCAUUAUGUAUUUUCAGAUGCUUAUUGAUUCCACAGUCGGAAGAGUGAGGGACUGCAGCAGCCUCUAAGCAGCCUUACAUGUUCCAUACAUUAGCAGGAGUGCUGAAACAAUGGCACAGUCCAGGAACAUAUUUUCAUUAAGGUCAUUUUUUGAGGAGAUGUUUAUGACCCUCUUCCCUCAGUACUCUGCUAACAAGUGAACGAAAUGAAUCAAUCAAAACUGGAAAUGCUUCAAAUAUAUCAAGAAUACAGCCAAUCUUUAAGCAGAGGACAUAAAGCAUCUAAUUCAGUUUUUGCUACUGACAUUAUGAAGAAUGCAAAUGACUGAACAUCUUUCUAGCAGUCUGAACCACAACCUACAAGAUAUAAUGUGUACUUCUAAAGACAUAAAGGAGUUAAAGCAAAAACAUGGAAUAAGUCUGUAUGACUGCUUGCAUGCAUAACAAAUCAGUACUCUGAAGAGAAGACAUUGGAUAUUUUCAUAAGAAGAAUGCAAUGGUAUAUGGCUGAAAACAAAAUGGAAAAAAACCAACUGCUCCAAAAGAAUGUGUUUCUCUCCCAUUCCGGAAAUCAACAUGCAGUCUGAAUCUAACAUUACAGUCCGAGAUGACAUUAACGACAUCAACACCAAUAUGUACCCAUCAUCAUCAUAUCCAUUAAGCUUUCAAGUAUCUCUCACUGGAUUCCUCAUGUUAGAAAUUGUACUGGGACUUGGCAGCAACCUCACAGUGUUGGUACUUUACUGCAUGAAAUCCAACUUAAUCAACUCUGUCAGUAACAUUAUUACAAUGAAUCUUCAUGUACUUGAUGUAAUUAUUUGUGUAGGAUGUAUUCCUCUAACUAUAGUUAUUCUUCUACUUUCGUUGGAGAGUAAUACUGCUCUGAUCUGUUGCUUCCAUGAGGCUUGUGUAUCCUUUGCAAGUGUCUCAACUGCAAUCAACGUUUUUGCAAUCACUUUGGACCGAUAUGACAUCUCUGUAAAACCUGCAAACCGAAUUUUGACGAUGGGAAGAGCUGUCAUGUUAAUGACAUCCAUAUGGAUUGUCUCAUUUUUCUCUUUCCUAAUUCCCUUUAUUGAGGUCAAUUUUUUCAGCCUUCAAAGUGAAAGCAGAUGGAAAAACAAGACACUUCUCUGUGUCAGUAGAAAUGAAUACCACACUGAGCUGGGGAUGUACUAUCAUCUGCUAGUACAGAUUCCAAUCUUCUUUUUCACUGUUAUAGUAAUGCUAAUUACUUACACCAAAAUACUUCAAGCCCUAAAUAUUCGGAUAGGCACAAGAUUUUCAACAGGGCAAAAGAAGAAAGCAAGAAAGAAAAAGACAAUUUCUCUGACCACACAGCAUGAGACUACUGAUGUAUCCCAAAGCAGUGGCGGGAGAAAUGUAGUUUUUGGUGUAAGAACUUCUGUUUCUGUCAUAAUUGCUCUCCGGCGAGCCGUGAAGAGACACCGAGAACGACGAGAGAGGCAAAAGAGAGUCUUCAGAAUGUCUCUGUUGAUUAUUUCAACAUUUCUUCUCUGCUGGACACCAAUUUCUGUUUUAAACACCACCAUUUUAUGUUUGGGCCCAAGUGACCUUCUGGUAAAACUAAGAUUGUGUUUUCUAGUUAUGGCCUAUGGAACUACCAUAUUUCACCCUCUACUAUAUGCAUUUACUAGACAAAAAUUUCAAAAAGUCUUGAAAAGUAAAAUGAAAAAGCGAGUUGUUUCAAUUGUGGAAGCAGAUCCUAUGCCUAAUAAUGCUGUAAUACACAAUUCUUGGAUAGAUCCUAAAAGGAAUAAAACAAUUACUUUUGAAGACAGUGAAGUAAGAGAGAAAUGUUUAGUACCACAGGUUGUUACAGAUUAAGCAAAAAACAAGUUUUCACCAAAUCCCCAUUCCCAAGAAAUUUGUUUUGUUUUAACUGUAAAAACAUGACUGCCAAAUAAGGAGGAAAUUUUUAAAGUAUUGGUUAUACUGUAAAAUUUCAAUAUUAAAUGUUAAAUAGAUUAGGUCUUAUAUAUUCAACUUCAUUAUUUAAUGUAUAUGUUGCAUGGCAGUUUGUUAAAGUAACAUCAUUGUGUAUAUUUUGUCAUUAUUCUGUCCACUAGAAAAUAUUCAUGUAAGUCAUAUUUUCUAAAAAAUUAAAAUAAAUGAAUAGCCUUAAAACAGUAUACACUUUUAAAAUUCAAUCAAAACCUGUAUGCUUUAUUUUUUAAAUUCAGUUUUCUGAGCCAUUUACCGUAGAUACACUUAAGUUAAUAUUUAACUUGAAUAUCAUUUUAAUUUAAAACCUCAAAUUAUAAUUAGAAUUAAUUUAGUUUCUUAAGCCAACCAUUUUCUCACAAUAACCCAUAUUUACUAUAAAUAAUAUAUCAAAAAAUUAACUUUACAUAUUCUUUCUUCUAUCCAUAAUUACAUAUAGGAAAAAAUAGCAACUCCUUUUCUCAGUUUUCGAGACUGAAAACCUGAACAGGCAAAGGAUUUAAAAGAAAAUUGCAAUUGCAAACUCAGGUGUAUCAAUAAAAUACCACAUUAUAUAAUGAAAAAAAAUCUAAAGCAAUGAUUUUUAUAUGAUGAAGGUGGCAAUAAGCCUACAAUAUGUAGUUUUCACUAUAGUAAAAAAAAUACA